AUGGUUACAGGAAAAGAGAUGGUCCAACAUUUUGUCAGUCAGAUGCAAUCUGAAUUUGAAAUGAGUCUUGUUGGUGAAUUGAAUUACUUUCUUGGCCUCCAAAUCAAAGAAAUGGAUGAUACUAUCUUUAUCUCUCAAAGCAAGUAUGAUAAGAUUAUAGUAAAGAAGUUUGGCAUGGAAAAAGCUAGUUAUAAAAAGACACAUGCACCAACCCACUUAAAGUUGAAUAAAGAUGAAAAAGGUGUAAAUACGGAUCAAAGUCUGUACAGAAGUAUGAUUGGUAGUUUGUUGUAUCUUACAGCUAGCAGACCUGACAGUACAUUUGUUAUAGGAGUGUAUGCAACAUAUCAGUAUGAACACAAAAUGAGUCAUAUUACUCAAGUGAAAAGGAUGCUAAAAUACAUCAAUGGAACUAGUGACUAUGGAAUGUUGUAUUCUCAUAAUGCAAAAUCCUUACUUAUAGAAUACUAUGAUGCAGAUUAG